GUGUCGGGACGAGGUGGAGCAAGGGCCGCUGUUCCCGCUGCUGGCAGACACAAACAGACGGUUCCUUCAAUCAUCGACCCCAUCUCUCACUUCAUCCUUCAAACUGUCAGCCAUGUCUCAAUUCUGGAAGCCCACUUUCACCUAUUUGCAAUAUGCCCAGGUCUGCGCCCGUGCUGUCCGCAACUCGCUCAAAGAGGAGGCCCGCCUCGUCGCCGUUCGCCGUGACGAGCAGGGUUUGAAGUACGCAAAGUGGGAGGCUGGCAAGCAGGGUGACCUUAAAAACACCGUUGGCAGCCGCACCACUGCUUAAACAUUCUUGGACCCCUACUGAAUGUUUCUAGCCGUGUUCAGCCUCUUUUUUUGCUCCCAACAAUCAAUCGAAUGUUGACAGGAUGAUCAUGGUGGAAGAACAUGGAAAAGCAAUAAACCCAACUUCAUUGAAAACCCUCCACUCUUCCCUUCAUUUUCUCGUAAAUAAACACGUUCACGCUCGCAAUCCAGCAUGGACAAAAAUAUAUUCAUCGGACAUGGUCCCUUUCGCCUGCGUGAGUGGGUUAUCAAA